GGACUGGGGGAAUAUCGUAGAGAGCCCAGAGGCUGGCGGCCCGGCCCAUGGGUCGGAGAGCGACAACCGAACUUGCUGCGGUGGCCGGGCCUGCCGGGGGCGCAGCGCGGGUGGGGGCGAACAGGUGCGCGGGCGGGGGCGGUGCUUGGGGAUCCUGCGCACUGCGCGCGCCCCUCCCCCGCCCGGGCGCCAGCAGGAGGAGGAACUGCGGCGGCCUCAGCUACUCGCGCAGGUCUGCAUCGCGAAGCCACCGACGGCGUGGGCUGCUGGUCCCGGUGCGCAGGAGGCGCGGACGGCUCUGGGGCCAUGGAGCCUGGUGGUGACGCGGCGCGCUUUGGCCCGGGGUGGGCGGCCAGGGCGCUGCCACAGCGACUGAUGUUGCUGCUGCUGACGCUGCUGUCGGGUCGGGGGCUGCAUGUCGCGGCCGCGGCCUCCUCCUCCUCUGGGGCGGCGGCCGAGGACAGCAGCGCCAUGGAGGAGCUCGCCACUGAGAAGGAGGCGGAGGAGAGCCACCGCCAAGACAGCGUGAGCCUACUCACCUUCAUUCUGCUGCUCACUCUCACCAUCCUCACCAUCUGGCUCUUCAAGCACCGCCGAGUGCGCUUCCUGCACGAGACCGGGCUGGCCAUGAUCUAUGGGCUAAUCGUCGGGGUGAUUCUGAGGUACGGCACCCCUGCCACCAGUGGCCAUGACAAGUCACUCAGCUGCACUCAGGAAGACAGGGCCUUCAGCACCUUAUUAGUUAAUGUCAGUGGGAAGUUCUUCGAAUAUACCCUGAAAGGAGAAAUCAGCCCUGGCAAGAUCAACAGUGUAGAGCAGAAUGAUAUGCUGAGGAAGGUAACAUUUGAUCCAGAGGUCUUUUUCAACAUUCUGCUCCCUCCAAUUAUUUUCCAUGCUGGAUACAGUUUAAAGAAGAGACACUUUUUCAGAAACCUUGGGUCUAUUCUGGCCUAUGCCUUCUUGGGGACUGCUGUUUCCUGCUUCAUUAUCGGAAAUCUCAUGUAUGGUGUGGUGAAGCUCAUGAAGAUGGUAGGACAACUCUCGGAUAAAUUUUACUACACGGAUUGUCUCUUUUUUGGAGCAAUUAUCUCUGCCACUGACCCAGUGACUGUACUGGCGAUAUUUAAUGAGUUACAUGCAGAUGUGGACCUUUAUGCUCUUCUGUUUGGAGAAAGUGUCCUAAACGAUGCUGUUGCUAUUGUGUUAUCCUCGUCUAUUGUUGCCUACCAGCCAGCAGGGCUGAACACUCACACCUUUGAUGCUGCUGCUUUUUUUAAGUCAGUUGGCAUAUUUCUAGGUAUAUUUAGUGGCUCUUUUACCAUGGGAGCUGUGACUGGUGUUGUGACUGCUCUAGUGACCAAGUUUACCAAGCUGCACUGCUUCCCCCUGCUGGAGACGGCACUCUUCUUUCUGAUGUCCUGGAGCACGUUCCUCUUGGCAGAAGCCUGUGGGUUUACAGGUGUUGUAGCUGUCCUUUUCUGUGGAAUCACGCAAGCUCAUUACACCUACAACAAUCUGUCAGUGGAAUCAAGAAGUCGAACGAAGCAGCUUUUUGAGGUGUUACACUUCCUGGCAGAGAACUUUAUCUUCUCCUACAUGGGCCUGGCAUUGUUUACCUUCCAGAAACACGUUUUCAGCCCUAUUUUCAUCAUUGGAGCUUUUGUUGCCAUCUUCCUGGGAAGAGCUGCACAUAUCUACCCACUCUCCUUCUUUCUCAACUUGGGCAGAAGGCAUAAGAUUGGCUGGAAUUUUCAACAAAUGAUGAUGUUUUCAGGCCUCAGGGGAGCAAUGGCAUUUGCACUGGCCAUCCGAGACACGGCAUCCUAUGCUCGCCAGAUGAUGUUCACGACCACUCUCCUCAUCGUCUUCUUCACUGUCUGGAUUGUUGGUGGAGGCACGACACCUAUGUUGUCAUGGCUUAACAUAAGAGUUGGCGUCAAGGAGCCCUUCGAAGAGGACCAGAAUGAACACAGCUGGCAGUACUUCAGAGUUGGUGUCGACCCAGAUCAAGACCCACCACCCAACAAUGACAGCUUUCAAGUCUUACAAGGGGAUGGUCCAGAUUCUGCUGGAGGAAACCGGACAAAGCAGGAGAGUGCAUGGCUGUUCAGGCUAUGGUACAGCUUUGACCACAAUUACUUGAAGCCCAUCCUCACACACAGUGGCCCCCCAUUAACCACCACUCUCCCAGCCUGGUGUGGCUUGCUCGCUCACUGUCUGACCAGUCCCCAGGUGUAUGACGCUUCAAACCUUGGAAGAGUGAAAUACGUGCCAGGAGAGUCUCCCCCUGAAAUUUGGGAACUAAGAGCCCUGGGAGAGAACCAAGAGCCACUGAGAGAGGAAGACUCUGAUUUCAUCCUGACUGAGGGUGACCUCACCUUGACCUAUGGAGACAGCACAGUGACUGCCAAUGGCUCCUCAGGCUCCCACACAGCCUCCACAAGCCUCGAGGGUGGUCGGAAAACAAAGAGCAGCUCUGAGGAAGUACUGGAACAAGAUCUAGGAGUGGGAGACCAGAAGAUUUCAAGCCGAGGCACUCGCCUAGUGUUCCCCCUGGAAGAUAAUGCAUGACUUCCUCCCAAAACCCUGAAGCAAUGGGGUAGGCCCACCAGUGGGGCGAGGCUGGCUGCAUGCUCCAGUUGUUUGAAGUGGGACGGUGACUGAAUGGAACUAACACUUCUAUUUUAUUGAGGUCUGAAGAUAUCUUAACAUUUAAAAUCUAACCUGAGAUGCAGAUGGUGGGGCUCAAGUGUCUCUAAAUCAAGACAAAUGCAGACCUAUUCCCACUUUUUCACAUAGUAGUAUGCUGUUUAGAUUUAAACAAACAAACAAAAAAUAGCAUGCUUAGGUGGUCUCUUAAUUCAUUCAUCUGCGGUAUCUGAACAAGGUGUGACAGGUGCCGGGGAUCCCUCCCAGUAGAGGCUUCAUGUCCAUACACAGCAGUGCAACUCUUUCCGGCUGUAGUAAUAUCAAGUGAGGGAGAACAGGCUAGAAGAAAGAUCAUAAAGUAAGGCAAGUGAAAUUGGACCUCCAAGGAUUAGGAGAAACUGGUGUGUUAAAUGGGAUGGAAAAUAUGAAAAAAUCAAUUUGAGUGGAGGCUCCAGCAAUGAGGGUUGUGUGGCAUCACCUCAUCUCAGGAUUCCUGACUACUUUUGCUACCUGUGUUUUCUCUAGACUGAAGAUUGGAAAAUAUAUCCAUGAACAUUUUAACAUGGGGAAAGAAUUUUAAUUUCUUCUCUGGCAAUCUCCAUAAAGAAGUUACUGAAACGUUGAAAA